AUGGAGUUCCCUGAUUUAGGAAAGCACUGUUCGGAAAACACGUGCAAGCAGCUGGAUUUUCUUCCACUUACGUGUGAUGCGUGCAAACAGGAUUUCUGUAAGGACCACUUUACGUUGGCUGCACACAGAUGUCCCUUUGCAUUCAGAAAGGACAUCCAGGUCCCAGUGUGUCCGCUCUGUAACAGCCCUGUCCCGGUGAAGAAGGGGGAGCUGCCUGAUGUGGUGGUGGGAGAACACAUGGACCAGGACUGCAGACACAACGCUGGGAGGAGUCGCGAGAAGAUUUUUACAUACCGGUGCUCAAAGGAAGGAUGCAAGAGAAAAGAGAUGCUACAGGUGGCCUGUGACGAGUGUCACGGCAGCUUCUGCCUCCGGCACAGACACCCUCUGGACCACGGCUGCCAGCGGGGAGGCCACCCCCCCAGCAGAGCCGGGUGGAAAGUAAGGCGAUGA